AUGACUUACGGCAACUCUCCGAAUCUACAAAAUUCGACUGACGGUAAAAAUUCUCCUAUUAAUCCACCAUCCGACGACAAACCGAACACGGUCGUCGAGAAUAAUACUCUGGGGGUGGGAGUUCCUCCACCUCCAGCUACGCAGGCGGCGCAAUGUGGAGAGUGUCAGAAUCAAAAUUUAACUCUUGUCUCGAAAAUUGUGCAAUCAAGUACUUUUCUUCUUCGGAAGACUACUCAAACUGCUCUCAUAGUUGUAAACUUUCAUAUGACGUACUCAAAGGUAGCGGCAUUCUUUUAUUGGUCAAUGGAGCGGUCUUGCUACUAG